AUGGGUGCCCGAGGAUUCCGAAUAAUAAGCCGCAACGACCCUAACCUUCCAUACAGUGUAAUCGUUGAGAGCAAUCGACUGUGCAGCUCUCUUUUACUGGAAUCGUCAGCCGCACUUACAUUAGAUAAUAACGACUCUACUGCAGAAUAUAAAAAAGCUUACACCAGAGUAACCGACGGUUAUGGUUUAAUAGGUCUUUGGCGAUUUUCUAAAGAUGAUAAUUACUUAUUGGUCGUGACAAGUGUUUUAUCAGUGGGUCAGAUUAACAACUGCGACAUCUAUCGAAUUACGUCUGUACAAUUCGUUCCACUAAAAGUACCCUCUCAAGUUGUCGAUUCUCGAGUAGUUGAUCUCCAGCGACUCAUGUCUUCAGGAAUGUUCUAUUUUGCAUCUGCUUCAUCUUUCGACGUAACAGCAACUUUUGACCUGACUAUUCCUGCGCACAGACGUGCUACUAACGAUACCAGCAAUCACGAUUUUUUCUGGAAUCGAAAUCUUCAUUUUCCUUUGGAACGCUAUGGCAUUGAUGCGAAUGAAUGGUUUAUUCGGAUGAUGUGUGGAUCUGUGCAAAUUCGAACUGUAUAUGUUGGUAAUAAAACCGUUAAGUUGGCCAUUUUAUCAAGAUUGAGUUGUCGACGAGUUGGUACACGUUUCAAUGUUCGUGGUGUUGAUGACAGUGGUCAAGUGGCAAAUUUCGUUGAAACUGAACAGUUACUGUCAUACGAAAAUUGCGAGUCAUCUUUUGUGCAAGUUCGCGGAUCGGUUCCACUCUUCUGGGAACAACCAGGAGUGAACGUUGGGUCGCAUAAGGUCAAGCUUCGCGCUGUUGAGGCUACAGCACCCGCUUUUAACAGGCAUUUUCGUUAUCUGAAACGAUCGUACGGUGAUAUUGCCGUUGUAAAUCUUUUGGGAUCGAAAGAGGGUGAACGAACGCUCUCUGAUGCUUACAAGUUGCAUCUUGAGAAUAGUUCGCAUAGAGAUGUGGACUUUAUUGCUUUCGAUUAUCAUGCACGAAUGAAACUUUCGAAGAGUGCACCGGAUAUGCUAAAGAAGAGAUUAAUUCCUCUACUCGACAGAUUCUCAUUCUUCUGCAUAAAAAAUUCCAAUAUCUUAAGAUCUCAAAAUGGUGUAAUUCGAACAAACUGUUUGGAUUGUUUGGAUCGUACCAAUGCCGUACAAACGAUUUUAGGUUUGCACAUGCUCGGUGCACAGCUGGAGUCGUUAAACAUUGAGUCGAAUAAAGUGAAUGUAGCAUUGCGUUUUGAAGAGGCGCUGAAAGACUUGUGGCAGAAAAAUGGUGAUUCUUGCAGUGUUGUGUAUGCUGGUACUGGUGCUAUCGAGGGCAAGUCCAAGUUCAAAGACGCCAGUCGUUCUUUAGCUCGUACGAUUCAAAAUAAUCUAAUGGAUGCGUCGAAGCAAGAAUCAUUCGAUAUGCUGCUUCUUGGUUCAGCCUAUGGCAACCGUCUUUUCGAUCAAAUUGACAGCUUUUUUCCCCCUGUUGUCACACAAGAAUGUGAAAGUAUAGUGGAAUCGUUGGUGGAGCGUUCAGACGAAAUGGUCAACAUUUUGCCAAUAACCAUUUUUGUGGGAACGUGGAACGUGAACGGUGGUAAAAAUAUGCAUAAUAUCGCAUUUCGAAAUCAAGCACCUCUCACCGAAUGGCUUUUUCCAAAUGAACAGCUAAUAUCCUUGCACGACUCCAGUUUUCAUGCGGACAUUGUUGCGAUUGGAUUGGAAGAGAUUAUUGAUUUGAAUGCAUCGAAUAUUGUCAAAGCGAGCACCACAAAUCAACGAUUAUGGUGCGACGGAUUAAGAAAAGCACUAGCACAAAGAGGUCAUUACGUGCUGCUUGGAUGUGAGCAAUUGGUCGGUGUUUGUUUGUUCGUUUUCGUUAAGCCUGGUAUAGUACCCUUCAUUCGUGAUGUUGCUAUCGAUAGUGUAAAGACAGGGAUGGGUGGCGCUGCAGGUAACAAAGGUUCUGUAUCACUUCGACUGACUGUGCACGCCACAUCGAUUUGCUUCGUGUGCUCGCAUUUUGCAGCUGGUCAGAAUGAGAUUCGUGAUCGCAACGAAGACUUCAUGACUGCUCUCAAGAGGAUCAAAUUUCCCAUGGGUCGAGAAAUUCUCUCGCAUGAUCUUAUAUUUUGGUUCGGUGAUUUCAACUAUCGUAUAUCGCUGCCAGGUGAUGUGGUCAAAACAACUGUACGCGCCGAACAAUUUGUGCAGCUUGCACCAAACGAUCAACUAACCCAGCAACGUGCUUUGGGAAACGCAUUUAUCGAUUUUGAUGAAGGCACUCUCAAUUUCGCACCUACUUACAAGUACGACACGUUCAGUGAUGACUAUGAUACUUCAGAAAAAUGCCGAGCUCCAGCAUGGACAGAUCGAGUGUUGUGGAAAGAUGCCACGAAACGUAAUGCCGUUAAAUUGGAAUGGUAUGGCCGAUCAGAACUGAAAACAUCUGAUCAUAGACCCGUGAGCGCUGUAUUUCGAGUCGAUGCAUUCGCAGUGAAUCCAGAGAAAUGUAAAACUGUUUAUGACGAUGUACUCAGUUGUUCUGGACCACCAGAUGCAACAGUUUUGGUGUCAGUCGAUGGUGCAGCCAUAUUCCCCGUCGAUCUCUACUUCGGUGUUUUAGAUAAGCUUGUCCAGUUGGGUAUAACUCCGCGCCUUAGCAAAUUCGAUGGCGCUGAUCUCUGGUUGAUUGUUGAAGACGGUUCGAUGGCUUUAGCAGCAUUAAGUAUGGACGGUGUACGGGUUGGUGAUGCUCAAAUAAAUGUUCGUCUUCGAUCGCCUAAUUGGACGACGGAGAGUAAUUUACAAAUCGAUGUGACGUUGCAGAAUUUAAGGAGUGAAGAAGUUAACUUACACUAUUCAGCUAUGGAAGACAUGGAUCGUUUUGAAUUUGAUGAUGAUGAUGAUGAAAUGAUGUCAGUCAAAAUGCAGUCACAAGAUAUGAGAAGUGCAUCACCAAUGCGAUCACCAUUUCAAGAUCGGUCGUUGGAAAACGAUAUGGCAAGAUUGACGACAUCAUCUCCUCAGUCUUUGCUUAUUAACAACAAUGACAAUUCAUUCAAGCAUAAAUUAGCUUCUGUACCAAAUAUGUCUACCAUUUAUGACCAAAAAAGCGAUUGCCAAGCGAGAUCAGAGCUAAACGUGAUUCCAGUGAGACCGGUACCACCCAGACCGGAAUCACUUACAAAUAGUAAUAGUCGUUCAAAUAGUCCAUGGUGUAUGCCCGGUGAUCUACAGUCACAGGACCCUGGUAGUUGGCGUGUGCCAAGUGAUCCACGCAUCAAUGAUCCAUCGCCUUGUAUUGCAUCUGAUAUUGUCAACAAAACAAACUUCCAACAUGUUUAUAAUGAUUCGACAGUCAUCAUCCCGGCUAUUCCACCAAGGCCUCAGUUCGAUUAA